AUGGCCGAAAUCCCUCCAAACAUUCCAAUCGAUCUCCGAACACUCAUUUUCUAUAAUAUUUAUCAACAAAAAACGAUCGAAAAAUCAUAUGAAAACUACGAAAAAUUGUGUUCCGCGACAGGAAAGCAGCCAUUUUCGUUUGAAAAAUUCGAGAAUCUUUUCCAUUUAUGUUCGAAGGAGAGUCUCUCUAGAGAUUUAGAUAUUCGUUUAUGCGUUCUUUCCGAUGUAAUCAAUGAAAAAUCAACGGAAAAAUCAAUAAAGGACUUGCGAAAAGCGUUUGGAAAAGAAACAAUUGAAAAGGAUGAUCAUGAUUAUUGGAGCGAAAGAUUUCAAAAUUCAAGCCCUCCAUUCAAUCUUCUCACAUUCUCCGAUUUGCCGAUUGAAAUUGUGAUGAGAUUCGUUGAACGGUUCGAUAUUGCAGAAAUUCGACAGCUUCGAAAUGUGUCACAUGGACUUCAAAAAAUUUUGGAUGAAGAAGUGAAACCACCGUGCAAAAAGAUUCAAAUCAAUAUUCGAGAUCGUGGCUUUUUCGUAGAGUAUCGUGAUGAUUUCAACUUGGAAAUGAAAAUUGAAGCAGUCGAAAAAAAAGAAAGAGAAAGAAAAGAAGAAAUAAAAGUAGAAGAUGUAGCGAUUCUAUUCAAAGAGGUGUCUCCUGAACUGAAAAACCCGAAGCUUCGAUUAAAUUUCCUAUUUAUUGAUUUGGUUUACGAUUAUUCCACGGUUUCGGGACAUUGGGCAUGGAACUCUCAUCCUGAAUUCAAUGAGGCACGUCAGAAACGAAUCGACGAUUUCAAAGGGUUUCUCGUCUCAAUGAAUCACAAAAUCCAUUCGACAUUUUUAACGAUGACGGCGAGUAAUGUGGAAGAUGUGACCACAGUUUUGAGAUGUUUGAAGUCUGGAAUUCUUCGAAAGAUAACACUGACAAUUGAGCAGGAGUCUAAGAGCACACUGAAUAUUGAUGAAAUGGCUGUGACAGACCAGUGGAAACAGGCCAAACAUGUCACGAUCAAUAAAUUAAUCUCAUCGUCAAUCGAGCAUUUUUACCACUUUGAUACAUUUGAUAUUCGUGUCCAAGAGAUUUCAAUUGAAGAGAUUGUCAAGUUAGUAGAUGCACUCUCCAAAUCGCCCGAUUUCACUGCAUGCACAAUAUAUAAGAGGAACUGUUUGGACACGGAAGCACUCAAAAGAACGCUGAACCUUGAAAAUCGUGACUCCCUUCAAACAUACCCGAUCCCUAAUUCAAAUCUAUUCAUCAACUUUGUCUCUGGUAUCAAAAUAACUCAAGGCGAAGAAGAUCCCUGUUCACUGACUUUGUAA